AUGACGUCGUUCCCAGAGAUCGACGAUCCUACCGUUGUUAUCGAUGGCGCCAGCGCUGAACUGGGUUUCGCAGGCCCGAUGAUGACGGUUGGUGGCCCCCCUGCUGUCAUCUCCCUGCGAUCAGAUCCAGUGUACGGGGCGAUCGUCACCAGUCCUCCGAGACAUCGUUCGGAAGCGCCUUCCUUGGUCAGCUGGAAAAGAUAUCCUUAA